AUGCUACAGGUUACUACGUAUUACCUGGAUAAAUUUUGCCCAUGGUUGACCUGCCCACAAGCAGAGGUGAGUAUCGAUCCUUGGUGGUCACCCAAAUACCAGAGUGCAGAAGAAGAACAGCCAUUUGAAGGAAAAGAGGACCCAGCUGAAGUUCCGAACGACGAUAAAGCCCAAGAGGACAACGACUCUGAGGACGCUCGUUGGAACGGUGAAGUGAAUGUGGAUGCCGACCCAGAUGAGUUGGAUGAGGACGAGCUAGGCAAUGAUUAUUGUCAGACCUAUUUCGACAACGGCGAGGGAGAUCUGAGCGAUGACGGCCUAGGCGGAGAUGAUGACGACGCCGGUGCCCGCUACUAUGACUGACUCCGUCCAUCUUCCCACCUGGUUCCAGAUAUGUAUAUACCGACGUAUUACCCAAGCUGUUUUAUUCUUUUAGUGAGACAGGGUCAUCACAUUUACCCCUGCAAGCUCAGCCUUCACCUUGGUGAGACGUUAACAUUGUGCCUUGUACCCUUUGUUCACCUCCCCCACUUAUUCCCUGGUGCAAUUGUGUU